UUCGAAGAAAGAAAAGGAGUCGAAUCGUCACUGAUCCCCUUUAAAGGAUGGAGCGCUCUGGUGGUAAACCUAGAAAGACUCUUCCACCUCAAGAGAAAAACAUACAAGUCGUGGUCAGGUGUAGGCCAAGAAACAACUCUGAAAAAAAGUCAGGCUCCCCACAAGUGAUAGAUGCUAAUACAAGGAAAGGAGAGAUUGUCGUUCAUCAGGAGUUACACGAGAAAGCCAUCACAAAGACAUUUAGUUUUGACAGAGUCUACGGGCCAGAAUCCACUCAAAUUGAGGUGUAUCAUGGAGUCGUUGAGCCGAUAAUAGCCGAAGUGCUCACUGGAUACAACUGUACCGUGUUUGCUUAUGGUCAGACUGGGACUGGUAAGACAUAUACAAUGGAGGGAGAGAGGUCACCUCAAGGAGCUUUAUCUUGGGAAGAGGAUCCUUUAGCUGGAAUCAUCCCAAGGUCCCUGCACCAGCUGUUCGAUCAGUUAGAAUGUCAAGAGUCAGAGUUCUCUGUCCGCAUAUCAUUUCUCGAGUUAUAUAAUGAAGAAUUGUUUGAUUUACUGAGUAACGGGAAUGAGCAAGUUAAAUUACGCAUAUUUGAUGACUCAGCACGUAAAGGUGGAGUCCUAGUUCAAGGCUUAGAAGAGAUUACAGUUCAUUCUAAAAAUGAAGUGUACGCUAUUCUUGAGAGAGGGAGCAAGAGGAGACAGACUGCAGCUACACUCAUGAAUGCCUCCUCAUCUCGAUCGCAUACUGUCUUCUCAGUUACAGUACAUAUCAAGGAAAACUCACUUGAUGGAGAAGAACUAUUGAAAACUGGGAAACUUAACUUGGUUGAUUUGGCUGGCUCAGAGAACAUUGGCAGAUCUGGUGCUUUAGAUAAAAGAGCUAAAGAGGCAGGAAGCAUCAAUCAGAGUCUGCUAACACUAGGACGCUGCAUCACUGCACUGGUAGAGAAAUGCCCUCAUAUUCCUUACAGGGAGAGCAAGCUGACUAGAAUAUUGCAGGACUCACUAGGAGGGCGUACAAGGACAUCAAUAAUAGCCACAAUCUCUCCAGCAUUGUUCUGCCUGGAGGAGACCAUCAGCACACUGGACUAUGCACACAGGGCAAAGAACAUCACCAACAGGCCUGAGAUUAAUCAGAAACUGACCAAGAGAGCACUAAUUAGAGAGUACACGGGUGAGAUUGACAAACUGAAAAAAGAUUUACUGGCAGCUCGAGAGAAGAAUGGAAUCUUCCUCUCACCCGAAAACUACCUUGGUAUGGAGACAAAGAUCAAGACUCAAGGAGAAUUCAUUAUUGAGUUAGAGGAGAAGAUUAGGAGCUGUCAAGAAGAAAUUAAAAAGUUAGAGACUAUGUUUGGGGACAUUAAAGAAGAGCUUCACGAGAAAGAGGCUGAACUGGCUGUGAGAUGUCAAGAACUGGAACACACACAAUUCUCACUGGUGGAAACUAAAAAAAACCUGUCCCAGGUGAAGAGAGAGAAAGAUGAAACAAGCUACUUAAUGACAGAACACAUCAAGACUGAAGAAGUGCUGCAUGGUCAAGCUAAACAGUUGAUGAGCACCAUUGAGAAUGCUGUUGAUGAUGUAGAGGGACUCCACAGUAAACUGGACAGGAAGUCAACCAUUGAAACCACUAACAAGCAAACUGCUGCACAAUUUAAUGAAAGUUUUGGGAAGGAGACGUCUGCCCUGAGGGAUAAUCUUCACACACUGAAGACACACCAACUGGAGUUUACUGGAUCACUGAUGGAGAGCAUCAGAGGGUGGAGUGUAUCACAUGGUCAGCAUGUGAGGCACAUACAGGAACUGAUAGGGACCAUUCAAUCAGCAGUGGGCACCUCCUCUCAACACCACACCACUGUCCUAAAGGAAAGACUGGCCACUAAUACUCAGAGAGUGGGGGAGAUGGACACUAGCCAUUUUGAGAAGUCAUUCAAUAAAGCCUGCAAUGUGUUGCUGGUCACUGAUCUGAUGCCACUGAUCUCUCAACUAAAUGAAGCUAUUUCAAUACAUGCUACACAGCAACAGUCAGUACUGGACACAGUCAAGCAAAAGGUGUUGGAUUAUAAUGAUACUGUGUGUCAGUUUGAAUCCAGUCAGUCGGAGAAGUUAAGAGAAAUGGAGUCUGCAAUUGAAAAGAAUAAAGAAGAACAAUCUAAUAAACUUGAUAGUAUCAGCUUGAAAAUGGACAGUACACUGUCUGAGCAAGACUUACUCCAGCAACAAAUGUUUGAUGAAUUGAGUAAGACUGUCAGUCGGUGGAUAUCAACAGCUAAACAAUCAAUGACCACUCAACAGCAGACUCACAAUAAUGAACUGAAGGAAGGUUUGAAGGAAUGUAAAGUUGAGCACCAAGAGAUUAGUUCCUCAUUGCAUCAAUCAGUCAAUGAGAUUAGGAGUAAUGUGUGUCAAUUUAAAGCUGCUUCUACUGAUGUUACUAGCAAUGCUGUUCAACAGUUGGAUCAAUUAUUAGCUGAGAGUAAAUCUUGCCAAGCAAAAGAGAAAGAAUUGUUAGAUAAAACCCAGUCAGGAAUUGACACUGGACUAAAGUCCUUGAAACAGAUUUCUACUGAUUUUAAUGAAUCACUGAGAUCUCAAAGAGAUGAUUUGGUCAAUUUACUUGAGGAGCAGACAAACGUGUCAACAGCUACCAUCACUAGUCAAUGUGGUAAUGUAAUGGACAUUGCUAAUCAGACUCAGUCCAGCAUGAGUCACACUUUUAAUGAAAACACUUUAAAAAUGUCUCAAGAAUGGCAGGACAGGCUAGCAGGGAACAGACAGGACUUUGAGAGGAGCAUGACAGAGAGAGACAGCGACGUUAGCAAAUUGAAGGAAGUGGUUGAUCAAUUUAUGUCCAUAGAUCUUAAAGAAGAUAUACCAACAGGUAUGACUCCACAGAGGAGACAGUUCACAUAUCCACGUGUUCUUAGUCAAACUAAGCCUCACUCUGAUCUCUUGCAUGAGUAUAGAGACAAGUUAGCUGAUCUUGCUGAAGUCAGUGAGUCACCUGAUCAAUCAUAUGACACAGUGUCACAUGAUACCAGCACCUGUUCAAGUGCUUCGUCAACUUGCUCCUUUAAAGAUGCUGAGAAGUCACAGGAAAAUCAAGCAAUGAAGAAAAAGAAAAUGAAGUCAAAGUCUAAAGGGCAGAAGCCACUGCAGGCAGUGAAUUGAAUAAAUGACUCUUCAAUAAAUAAUAAUAUUAACAUUGCAAAUCAUUGUUUUAUGAGCAACCAAUGCUCACCUAUUAUUAUUAUUAUUUUAAUUAUUGUUAUUAUUGUUAUUAUUAUAAAACA